GAUCAUUUUCAUUCUCGCCUUUUUUUUGGUCCUUAUGUGUGACCAGUGUUUUUCUGAGCAACUUCUUCUUUCAUUCAGUCUUUUGUCAGUGACAUGAAAACAUCUUCUUUAAGCUAAAUAACAGAAACAGUGAAUUGAAAUGCUGCAAAUUAUUGUAGGACUUCUUUUCCUACCUGGUGUUCUCAGUGAGUGGAAUAAAGAGUGGAAUGUGAAGUAUCCUUCUUCUCCGAUCUGUGCUGUGAGGGGAUCCAAUGUCACUAUUGCCUGUUCAUUUACAUAUCCACCUAAUGCACAAGUAAAGCAAGUGCUGUGGUGUUCAAUGAGUUCAAACCAUGGUUCAUGUAUGAAUGUGCCAUAUGUUUAUGACAGUAAAGCCAACAACAAUCAAAGAAACUUUCAAUACAUAGGAGAUAAAAAAUCAAAUUGUUCUCUUUUGAUCAGUAAUAUUACUCAAACACUUUCUGGAGAGUAUAAAUUCAGAUUUAUAACCAAUUUGUCAAGCGGAACUUGGACAGGUGAUCCUGGAGUUGAAAUUGCAGCUCACGAUUCAAGGGUGUUAAUGACCAGAUUGAGAGACACUGGAAGCAUAAUAGUAGGAGACUCUUUGAAUCUGACGUGCACACUCGACUGCUCUAAUUUAGAUAAAGUUCAGUGGUUUAAGGAUGAUGAACCGAUGACACAUUCAGACCCCAUCCUCACCUUCAGCAGUGUAACUACUAAAGACUCUGGGAAUUACUCCUGUUCUCUGAGGAACUUUAAAACAACUGUUUCUGAACAAUAUAGAAUUUACAUUAAAGAGGUUGCUGUGUCCCCAACUGUUCCGAUUAUUGUCGUGUCUUCAAUCGCACUUAUUGGUUUCAUUAUUGCAGCUGUGAUGCUUAUAAGAAGGAAAGCAGAAACUCGUGGCAAACCAAAGGAGGAAGAAGAAAACCAUCAGGCUAAAACAGAAGCACCCACAGUCACCACAAACCAAGAGGAAGCAGAAGAUGAAGUGCAAUAUGCAUCUGUCAACAUUCAACCUAAAGAACAGCUUCAAAUGUCUGCCAACACAUGGCAGAAGAAUGAUUCAUCCAUCUACAGCACUGUAGUGAAUGGUUAACCUAGUGAAUAUACUAUAUAUCUAUUUAUUGAUCUCCAUGAGGAAAACAGCUUAUAAAUCACACUGAAUUAUAUGUUUUCAAAAAUAUAUUAAAAAAAAAAAUGCAGAAUGUUUUCUCUGAGGGCUGUUUAGGAUUAUUUGGGAACCUGUUGAGAGUAUUUGAGUGUUCAGAGUUUUGAGACUGAGUACUGUUUGUUAGUAGAUAAAUAUCUUGUUGUGCCUGUUGGCAUAUUUGACCCCUUUGCCUGUUUACUGACACUGAUUUGGACU